CUUGUAAAGUCCAUUUGCGCACAGUCGCGGAAAGCAGUUGCGCGCAGUGCACUUCGUGCUUUUAGUAGACGCUGCAUACAACGUAGUUAGCAUAAACUGGGGAAAUCAGUGGUCGAAAAAAAAUCACUGCAUUCGUCCGAAGGAAGCUUGCGCUAGAUAGAUUCUCUUCAAACAACGGAUUUCCUGUUCUCAAUCUAAACUGCUAGAAAGAACAAGAAAAGAGCUAACGUUACAUUGGAAUAUUGUUGGCUUGCAAGCAACGACGCUGUAAUAACUGGCAUAAUUGAUUUCGUCAACGUUACCUAGUAUUAUUAGCACGCAUCGUUACGGGAAACGAUAAAGUUUACCAAAGGGUGUGUGUUAGUGCGCGGGUUCUAUUUUUUAUUUGUUUAUCAAACCCCCUUUCCACAUUGGGAUGAUCUAGCCCAGCGCUAUCUACUACGCAUUCGGAACAAUCAAGUACUGUCUGUAGCUAGCUGGGCAGCUAGCUAAGCGAUAAAACAAUCAUAUCUGCCGUUAGCUAGUUAUAGCUUGCUAGCUAUGCACGUAACGGCGAGCUAGCACACAUAGCUAGUUAGCUAUAUACAGUAGGCUAUGUAUCCACUUUAAGAGGGGAGUCUUCAUGAAGAAAGGAUUGAAGCUGGUCCUCUCUUGCCUUAGCUUGACUGAUAAAGAUUGAAUAAACACAAAAGGGGGCGAAAUCUUAACUCCCAACACUCGGAGGCUGAAUAGCAACGAAACAAAGAAGGAAAAAUCGUUUUAGAAACAAUAACUAAACGACACUUGUUCUUGUCUGGAAAGAAAUACUUUAAAUGAGAAAUUGACAUGAUGUUUCCACAAUCCAGACACUCAGCUUCGUCCCAGCAGCUGAAAUUCACCACCUCCGACUCCUGCGACCGAAUCAAGGAUGAGUUCCAGUUCCUUCAAGCACAGUACCACAGUCUGAAGUUGGAGUGCGACAAGCUGGCCAGCGAGAAGUCGGAAAUGCAGCGCCAUUACAUCAUGUACUACGAGAUGUCCUAUGGGCUGAACAUUGAAAUGCACAAACAGGCAGAGAUCGUCAAGAGAUUAAACGGAAUCUGCGCCCAAGUGCUCCCUUACCUGUCACAAGAGCAUCAGCAGCAGGUGUUGGGGGCCAUCGAGAGGGCCAAGCAGGUCACUCCGCCAGAAAUGAACUCCAUCAUCCGGCAGCAGCUCCAGGCUCAUCAGCUGUCCCAGCUCCAGGGGCUGGCCCUGCCCAUGACCCCUCUCCCGCUGGGCCUGACUCCCCCCACCCUGCCGGCGGUCACCUCCAGCUCCGGCCUCUUCUCGCUGUCCAGCAUCCUGGCCUCGCAGGCCCACCUGGCCAAGGAGGAGAAGGCCGCGCGCGAGGGCGGCGACAGCCACCGCGACGAGGACGGGGACAAGUCCGACUAGAGCGCGGGGAGGAGGGCGCGGCCUGCCCCCCUCUCUCUCUCUCUCUCUCUCUCUCGCUCUCUCUCGCUCUCUCUCUCUCUCUCUCUCUCUCUCUCUCUCUCCACCCUCCUCCGUCUGUAUUUAGCUCGCUGUCUCUCGCUCUCUCUCUCUCUCUCGCCCCCUUUCUCUCUUUCUCUCUCCUCUCCUUCGUCAUUUCCUCUCUUGACUUUAUGUUCUCGUUUAUAUAUCCAGUUUAGUGGGGUUUUUUUUGUUCCAUUUCAAGUGGUUCAUAUAUAUAUAUAUAUAUAUAUGUCCACCUACUUGUGUGGCUUAAAUAUUUUAUUCUUUGACUCCUCUCUCUCUCUCUCUCUCUCUCUCUCUCUCUCUCUUUCUCCCCCUCUCUCCAAAUGAGCUUUUCUUUCCAUUUGGUUAAUUUCAUUUCAUAUCCCCGUUCUGUCCUCGAACCCUCACAUCACCCUCACGCCCAACUCCUCUUUAAAAAAUAGUCCGAUUUCUCAGCAGAUGAACCCCAGGUUUUAUCUUCCACUUAAACAGCCAGACUAACACAGUAACCCCCCUCCCCCCCUCUGUGUUCUAUCUAGCCGCUCUCCUGACUUUUUUUUAUUUUUAUUAUUUGAUUUUUUUUUUUGUCGUUGUAAAAUGAAACAUAUUAGAUUGUGUUGCUUUAUCGUAGGCAAAGAAAGAGUGCUUUUACAAAACGUUAGACCUGCUCGCUACGUGGGAGUGAUGCAUGUAAACCCACCUAUACCACCACCGCUCACGUCUGCAGUAUCCCGGCAACUGCACAGCAAGUUUUAUUGGAGCAGGGCUUUAUCGGGAGCGUGAGGUGUGAGACUGAGCUCUUGUGUAGUAAAAAAAAAAAAACCCUUUUAGUGCUGCUCGUAGUGGGUAUCCAUAGAAAUGAAAAAAUGAGAAAAAAAAAAAAAAAAAAUUCUAUUAAGACACAGGCAAAAAUACUUAAAUAUAUAUUAUCUAAAAUUAUUUUAAGAUGAGCACCUUUUCAGAACUCUCCUUUGUUUCUUCUUCGUGUGCCGUCAUUCCGCUGUUGUGUGGGUGAGCUGACGGGGGCUCCUCGGGACGAAUUUGACAGAUGCCAAUUUUGUGACCGUUACCUUCGAACAAAAUCGUGUUCGUACGGGACCCUUUUGUCUAGGAACAGUGCCGUGGAACCGAUGAGUCAAGUUGCUUGUGAGAUUAUUAUGACAUCAUAACCGAGACAAAAGUCGUGGCAUUCCGAAUAUUUUAGUUCUCUUAUCCCAACGUUCUCCCAUCUUGAAAGGGCUUUGUGUGAAUGGGGCAUAGGUGCAGUUCUCUUCUUAAACAGUAGAGGGCAGUGCACUUCACAAACCAGAUUGAGUUGUACUUGGACGAAAAUGCCAUUUUAGGAAAUGGUUUGAUAUGGAACUAAAACACACAAAUAUUCAACUAAAUGUUUCUCUUGUCCCGCACAAUUAUAUUUUGCGUUAUGCCUAUGUUUUUUUUCUGUCCAUAGGCAUGUAUACAAGUAUAUAAGUGAAAAGAUAUUUCCAGUUGACAGUUGCAAUUAAUGAUAACGUUUGACCUAUAAAACAUCUAGUCGGACAUUUGCUGUGGUUUUAGCACGUUACAGUAUUUGAUACUUGUCAGUGCGAUAGAGCCUGUUAACCUUGGUCUGGCCCUGUCAUACAUGAUGGUGUACCGCAAAAUGGCGAAGAGAAAUGCCCCAAAAUGACAAUUUGCUGUUGAAAAUGGUUUUAAUACGAUGGUAGCCCAGAGUUUGGAGCUGUUUGUGUGUGUGGUUGUGUGGUUGUGUGGUUUUGUGUGUGUGUGUGUGUGUGCGUGUGUGUGUGUGUGUGUGUGUGUGUGUGUGUGUAUAUAUGAUCUGUAAGUGCAAAGCUCAUUAACUUUAACAUGUACGCUUGUGACGUUGCUGUGUAAUAGGGCUUUAUACACCUCUACCCAUACUGGUAUAGGUAGAGGUGUAUAAACCUCCUUCGGUGACACGUACAUGUUUAACUGAAAGGCCAGGCACGGACCCCACCUGAAGCCGGCUCACUCUGACUGAAAUGACAUUUUUUUCUACCUUUUCCUUUUCUUCACUUUGGACAUAAGGCUGUGUUCAAUGCACAUUACCCACACAGAAACAUUUAAAUUAAAAACCGAGAAAUCAAGAAACAAUUUGAACAUUGAGGACUUAAAAGAUUCAGACAAAAGAAUGGUAUGUAUGUAUUUUUUGUGAAGGUCGAUUAUGUACACGAUUUAUGUAUCUGAAUAUACAUAGAAUAAAAAGACCUUAAGUGUG